AUGGCAAAUAUCGAAAAAUAUUCUAAUCAUUUUCUUGGGCAAGGGUCUGCCGGACGUCAUCCAACACGGCAGGUCGGCAGGCAUGCCGCUCUACGUCCGCUGUCCCAUCUGCCAGAAGGAGUUCAAGCAGAAGUCCACGCUGCUGCAGCACGGCUGCAUCCACAUCGAGUCCAGGCCGUACCCUUGCCCCGAGUGCGGCAAACGGUUCCGGCAGCAGAGCCAUCUGACGCAGCACCUGAGGAUACACACCAACGAGAAGCCGUACGGUUGCGUGUACUGCGGCAGGAACUUCAGGCAGCGGACUAUCCUCAACCAGCACCUGAGGAUACACACCGGCGAGAAGCCUUACAAGUGCGGGCAAUGCGGGAAAGACUUCCGGCAAAAGGCGAUCCUCGACCAGCACACCAGGACCCAUCAGGGAGACAGGCCGUUCUGCUGCCCCAUGCCCAACUGCAGAAGAAGAUUCGCCACCGAGCCCGAGGUCAAGAAGCACAUCGACAACCACAUGAACCCACACGCAGCAAAAACCCGAAGAGACUCGACCGGUUCCGAUGGGAAGUUACCGAGCAACGGCAUGCUGCCAAGAGGAUUGACCCCCACUACUAUGGUGAAGCCCGAGUUGUACUUCCCGCAGUGCUACGCGCCCAGUUUUAACCCGCCCACUAGCGUGGGGCAGUUUCAGCCGCCCACGCCGGAUUUCAAGCCGCCCAAUGCUCUGCCGGCCCAGUGACUAACGGCCAGCUGGCAACUAGGUCCUUGCAUCGGGUGACCCUUUGCCGGCGUUAUGACUCAGCCUAAUCUGGUUGUUUUGUAAACUGGUUUCCUUCGAUUGAGUUGUAUUUGUUGUUGGUGAUUUUUUUUCCUAUGAGAUAUCUCAAAGAUAUUUUCUGCUGAGUGAUUAUCACAUGGUGCUGUAAGAUCCAAGAUGUUUGGUUGUCG